AUGUCCCAAGCUGAGCAGCCAGGGUUUGUGAAGCUCGAACUUCGUACGGCCUAUGGCCCGGUUUACCGCAAUGUAUCGACCGAGCCGCCACGAGAUGCCCGCCCGGACGAGAUUCCGCUGAUAGAUAUCAGCCCCCUAUACGGCGAUCUCGAGGCGCGAAAGACUCUGGCCAAGGACAUCAAACACGCGGCCGAAAAUACGGGGUUCUUCUAUGUUCGAAACCAUGGCAUCCCCGAAGCCACCAUUCAAGCAGCCUUGAACGCGUCACGGGUUUUCUUUGCACAGCCCGAGGACAGGAAGAUGCUGGUGUCCAAGUCCAAGGGGAAGUGGUACAAUGGCUAUUCAGCCAAGAACAGUGCUAUGGCCAGUCCCUCCGAAGGAUUGGACUACCGCGAGUCGUUCGCGUGGAGAUACGAGCCGCAAUACGAUCCAGAUCCCAAGGACCCCGACGCCGUGCCCCCGGAAGUCCAGCCGUACAUCCGCGGAGAGAACUAUGUCUGGGAAGGCACGGAACACCUGGCCGGGUUCAAAAGUGACUGUAUCGCCUACUGGCAGGGAUGUCUCACGCUGGCGCGUCGGCUCGUCAGGAUAUUCGCCCUCUGCCUAGAUCUGCCCGAGGACUACUUCGACGCCGUGACCACCUACCCCGGCAGCGACGGCGUGUUCAAUUACUACCCGGCCAUGUCGGCUGAAGACGCGGCGACGAGCCAGGACGUCGGUCUCGGGUCGCACACCGACCUCCAGUGUUUCACGCUGCUCUGGCAGGACAUGAACGGCGGCUUGCAGGUGCUCAACAGAGACGGCCAGUGGAUCAAGGCGACGCCGAUCCCGGGCACGUUCGUCGUCAACAUCGGCGACUACCUGAUGCGCCUAACCAACGACCGCAUGAAGUCUACCGUGCACAGAGUCUACAACCGGUCCACGGUCGACAGGUAUUCCAUGCCGUUCUUCUUCGGCUUCAAUUUCAACGAGAAGUGCGGCGUGCUGCCCAGCUGCGUGGACGAGACGCACCCGCCCAAAUACGAACCGAUCUCGUGCGGAGAUUGGUGUCAGUUGAGGUUCGAACAGACCGACAUGGAUAACAACAAGAACAAUGGCAGCAGCAGCAGCAGCAAGGUCGCCGUGUACUGA